GGCCAGCAGGCGCACUUUGGCUGGCCGAGGAAGGCCGCUCGAGGGAUGGUCCCAGUGGUUAGCUCUUUCUUGCUCUUUAUUUGCCAUCCCGGAAGGAGAGGUCUGUCUCCGGAAGCUGCGCGGUUCCUCCGAGGCUGGCUAAACGAUGCGCCGGCGCACCCCGCCGGCCUCUUCUGUGACGUAUGAAGAAAGAAGUCACGUGUAUCUGUCUAGCCGGGUAUAUAAGUGCUUCGCUGGCAGCGAGUUGGUACAAAAGGUUUUGGAGGCGCUUCAGUCAUUUGUGCUCAGGUUAGACCAAGCUCAAGUCGCCAUGAACGGCCUGGUGUUCACUGUAGUGUUGAGUGCCCUGGUAGGCAGCGGCCUUAGUGGAUUUGUCGGCGGAGGCGGCGUUGGAGGUGGUCUCGGAGGAGGCGCUGGUGGCGGUGGUCUCGGAGGCUACGGUGGAGGUCUCGGUGCCGGUGGUCUAGGAGGAGGCGGACUAGGAGGUGGAGGCCUUGGAGGCGGUGGAGGAGCUGUUGGUCUCGGCAGCAGCGUCGUUCUGCUCAAUGGUGGACGGGCAGGUGCUAGCAAAGCCGUGGCCGGGCCGGCGUUCCUCGUUCGCACGGUGCACCACGUGUCACAAGUUCACGGCGGCGGAGCCAUCGUGGCGCACUCUGGUCUCGGAGGCGCUGGUGGAGGCGUCGGUGGGGGCGCCGGCAUUGGAGGCGUCGGACUUGUCGGUGGUGGCGCCGGUGGUCUAGGUGGAGGCGGCGGCUAUGGUGGCGCGGGAUACGGAGCCGGAGGCCUCGGUGGAGGCUACGGCGGAGGCUACGGCGCCGGUGGCGGUGGCGGAGGAGUCGUCGGAAAGCUGGUGCUUGUGAAGCAUCACAAAUGAGCUCUGCCACCCGCAUAUCUUAUCUUUAAGCACUGGCAGGAUGAAUCGAAACCAACAGAAUACUCCAGCGUCGACCUCCGCUCAAGAGCUUCAACAACACCAGCUCUUUCACCUCAGUCGACGAAAUGACGGAAACUGUGUAUUGCGCCGCGAACAGCUGUGAAUAAAUGCUGACCGGGAACUCGUUUCCCCAUU